UCAAGAUAAUUUAUCGAAUUAUCCUAUAUAAGAAAAUAAACUUAACAAUGAAAUUAUAUUAUAACAGUGUUGAUCAAAGAAAAAGUACAAGGAAAAAAGUUGAAGAUGACAUUUGAAAAAUUUUUAUCGAUCAUUUUCUUGUUCGGGAUUUAUUUUUCGGAGAUCCAAGGACGAGGGAUAAUGCUCGAUCCUAUUAGCAGAAGCAGUGCUUGGCGAAAAGGAUUCCCUGUUGAACCGAAUUACAACGAUCAUGAACUCUUUUGCGGAGGAAUAGAUAUCCAAUAUGGACAGAAUAAAGGAAAAUGUGGCGAAUGCGGUGACGAUUACGCUGUUUCUCGUCCAAGAUCAAACGAGAACGGUGGUCUUUAUGGAACCGGUGUAAUUGUCAAAAGAUUCAAGCUAGGUCAAAACAUAAAUGUAAAGCUGAAACUGACCGACAAUCGUUUUGGAACGUUCAAAUUCAACUUGUGUCCUCUGAAUGAGACAUUCAAUCUCGAGACCGAGGAAUGUUUUGACCAGUACCCGCUGAGAUUGAUCAAUGAAUAUAACAAUUACGAGUUCCAAGUGCCCAACGUGAAAACAGAAUUCAACAUAACAGUCCUUAUGCCGAAUAUAACGUGCAACCAAUGCGUAUUCAGAUGGACAUACCAAGCUGGGACCAAUUUGGGCCGGUGUUACAAUGAAAGAAAUCCCACUAUUGGAUGCGGUCCUCAAGAAACUAUUGCGCCGACAUUGCGAUCGAACCUUGAUAAAAAUUCGCGAAGAAACUCGCUUAAUCGAAAAACAUAAUUAUCUGAUUAAAUUGUGUUGUAACAA